AUGCCAUACAUGUCAUCUCAGCCCAAGGUGCUCAUUGCCGGCGGUGGAAUCGGGGGGUUGAGCACGGCUCUCGCCCUACACGCCUCUGGACUGACGGACAUACACAUCUUCGAGGCGGCGGGAAAACUCACUAGCCUUGGCGUUGGUAUCAAUGUCCAACCUUCAGCAGUCCUCAUCCUUCGGAACCUUGGCCUGCUACCCGAAUUAGAACGAACUGGAGUUGUGACCCAAGAGCUCAACUUCUAUAAUCGACAUGGCGACGAGAUUCUCUCCGAGCCGCGUGGGAUCAAGGCCGGAUACGCCGUCCCUCAGCUAUCUAUCCAUCGUGGCCACUUCCAAAUGGUCUUGUUAGAUGCAGUGCGGAAGCGCAUUGGGGAGGACAGGAUUCAUCUGGGCCACGCGCUGGUCAACUUCCAGCAAGAUGACAAGUCCAUUACGGCCUUUUUUCAGCAUGCCGAGAACACCCAAGGGGCGGUCCCGUCUAUGACAGGUGAUGUCCUUAUUGCGGCUGACGGCAUUAACAGUGCCACCCGCAAACUCCUGUACCCUGAAGAAGGCCCUCCCCGAUUCUCUGGUCGCAUAUUGUGGCGCGGAUGUAUUGAGCGAGAGCCGUAUCUUACCGGUGCCAGUAUGGUCUGGGCUGGAUUUGCCGAUCAGAAAUUUAUCGCAUACCCAAUAAGCGGCGAGUCGGCACGAAAUGGAAAAUCUCUCGUUAACUGGAUUGCCGAACUCCGCGUACGCGACGACUCUGACCCUGACAAAACACCCCCGAAAGUUGAUUGGACAAAGACAGUGCCCAAGGAGCGGUUCGCCGGGCCAUUUAAUGGCUGGAAAUGCGGCGGGCUCCAUAUGGUAGAAGAUCUGAUUGCGCCUACGGAGCGCGUGUUCGAGUUCCCUAUGUGCGAUAGGGAUCCAGUAGAGCGCUGGGCUUUUGGCAGAAUUGUUCUCCUAGGGGACAGUGCCCAUCCCAUGUACCCAAUUGGCUCGAACGGAGCGACACAAGCCAUUAUCGACGCCGAGACAAUCACACAGUGUCUUGCUGGGACAGAGACGGAAAAAAUACCCGAGGCGUUGAAGAAGUACGAAGAGAUCCGGCUGCCUCCGACCGCAAAGAUUGUGUACGCCAACCGAGCAAACGGACCUGAUCAUGUGUUGCAGCUGGCGGAGGAAAGGGCGCCAGAGGGCUUCAAGAAUGUGUACGAUGUUAUCCCAAAGGAUGAACUUGAGAGCAUCGGGGCUAAAUACAAGGCAGUUGCGGGUUUUGAGCUCGAAGCCGUUAACAAGAAGGCCAAGGAGACGGAAGAACUAGCAGCGAGAUUUACGGAAAAGUGA